CCACAUGUUGUCAUUGUUCUGUUUCUAAAACCAGACCAGCAGGUGGUCUAGAUGAGAAGACUGAUAGAUAUGAGAGCUUUGUCGAUCAGAAAAGUCGUAAAUAUUGUCUAACCAAAGCUGGAAAUGUGUCUAAUUGAGUUAUGCUGUGUCAAAACACUGAACCCUGAAAUGAUCCAAAGUGAGUAAACUAACAUGGCAGAAAUCCUUAAAAUUCUUUGUGGUUUGGUUCCUGAAGCUUUGCCCCUCCACCUGUCCUCAAAGCUCAGGCUAAUCCAGUUAUCUCAAACAGGCCUUACCACCCGGCCACCUCAAGAUCCUUGUUAAAUGUUAACGGACUGACCUAAAUUGUGGUCUGCUGCCCACUGAAAGCGUCCAGCAAGUGUUAAACGGUUGAUCCUCUCACAGGGAGGACGUCGCCAUGCCGACCGUCAAGAGCAAGAAGAAGAAGCCAAAGAAGGAGGUCAACGAUGGAGAGGAGCAGGGAGAAGGUGAGAGGUGACUGAUGGGUCUGGAGGUGGAGAUGGAGGAGACCAAUAGAAGCAAUUCUGACAGCAGAGACCCUUUGACCCCAGAGCCACAGGAUCCAGCACCACAGAAGAAGAAGAAAAAGAAGAAGGCCCCGACUACUGACCAGGAAACAGAGCAUGCUGAUGUGCCAAACGGUAACAUGGCUGAGCCGGCCGUGGAUGGAGAGGAGAUGACUGUCGCUGUGACCAGAAAGACGAAAAGGAAGAGGAAGGCGAAGGCAACGGAGCACUGCAGCAACGACCUGGGAGCCGAAGACGACGACAUCAUCACAGACGCCCAGUCCCCGAUCCCCCAGCAUUCCCUGUUCUCCGCCCCCCACGGACACAGCCAGCCAGUCGGCAAAGUGUUUGUGGAGAGGAACAGGCGUUUCCAGGCAGAGCGAGUGGAGCAGCUGCGACACUCGGAGCUGAUGGACGACUACAUGGACCCCAGACAGAUCUGGACCACCAGAGACGUCGCCAUGAGGGUCCACAGUGGCUUCAGGGUGAUCGGUCUGUUCUCUCACGGGUUCCUGGCCGGCUACGCAGUGUGGAACAUCAUUGUUGUGUAUGUGUUGGCAGGCGACCAGAUGACCACGCUGCCCAACCUGCUGCAGCAGUACCACCUGCUGGCCUACCCAGCCCAGUCUCUGCUCUACCUGCUGCUGGCCAUCAGCACUGUGUCUGCAUUCGACAGAGUGAACCUGGCCAAGGCCUCCAUGGCCCUGAGAGGCUUCCUCACCCUGGACCCUGCUGCUCUGGCCUCUUUCUUGUAUUUCAUAGCCCUGAUCCUGUCCCUCAGUCAACAAAUGGCCAGUGAUCGCAUCAACCUUUAUCCCACAGCCAAUGAGACUCUGUGGCCUCCAGGUUCAGAGGAGCAGAUCCUACGGCCGUGGAUUGUGGUGAACCUGGUAGUGGCGCUGCUGGUGGGCCUGGCCUGGGCCGUCAUCUCCACCCGGCCGGACAUCGACUACACAGAAGAGUUUUUAAUGACAAUGGAGGUGGAGGGAUACCCGAGAGGAGACGAGAACCUGGACGUCCCCGCCUGAAACCCUCGAAAACCUCUGUCUCUGUCCAAAAAUCAGUUCCCUUGUUCAUUUUAAUGUAUGUUUUUGUACAAUAUAUUUUACUGUAGCUCUUUGUUUUCUGGGAGUCAUUUUGUAAAUAAAGAAACAGACAUGUACAGUUGGGUGUUUGGUGUGUUUACAGCCUUUUAUCACUGGGUGGAGCUGCUGCCACAGGCUGAAUAAACAGUUUGCUGCUGUCGCUUGUUCUGAUAACAUAAUUAAUUAGCUUCCUACAUUUUGUGAAAUCUACAAUGAAGUGUGGUGGUUUGUUGUAAGCAGCCAUCGUCCUUGUUGAUCGAGUGAACAGUAUAACACUGCACUGCAGGUAUUACACACUCAAAAAAAUCACAGAGGAUAAAAACACAAUAAAACCUGAAGGCUAAUUUUCCCAAACCUUAAAUGUAUGAAUUGAGUGUACUACAUUAUACUUAUAUUUGUUCUGUGAAACACCCACUUUCAAGUUAUCUGGGCAGAUUAUUCCACUGUACUGCUGAACUAUAGUGAUAGUAUAGUGAAGCUUAGGAAACUGCAGUCGUGCAGCUUAUGUUUUCAGAUCACAGAGGCUUUUAAAUUCUCUCUGGUUGUGUUCUGGUUGGUGGUGAAGUUUAAAUUUAAUCCUGCACGAACUCUAAGGAGCAGAGA